GAGCCCUCUUGUAUUCGUACUUUGUUUUCUCUCUCUCUCUCUCUUCAAAAUGGUGCAAUCAAAGAAGUUUAGAGGUGUCAGGCAGCGUCACUGGGGUUCCUGGGUUUCUGAGAUUCGCCACCCACUAUUGAAAAGAAGGGUGUGGCUGGGCACAUUCGAAACAGCCGAAGAAGCUGCUAGAGCCUACGAUCAAGCUGCAAUCUUAAUGAGUGGACGAAAUGCGAAAACGAAUUUCCCAGUAACACAAACUCCAACCGGAGACCCUAAACCUAGUCAAAGUUCGACCUCGGCACCUCCAAAUGAUUUAUCAGAACUUCUGCACGCCAAGCUUCGGAAAUGUAGCAAGGCACCAUCACCUUCUAUGACUUGUUUGAGGCUUGACACAGAGAACUCUCACAUUGGAGUAUGGCAAAAGAGGGCAGGUCAACGCUCUGACUCGAAUUGGGUCAUGACUGUCCAGCUUGGGAAGAAUAAUGCAGAUGAUGUUUCAGGAAACGUAUUGCCUUUGGGCGCUCAGUCCGAAGAGAUAACAGGGCCCGAACUCAAGGCAGAGAUGGAUGAAGAGGAAAGAAUCGCACUGCAAAUGAUAGAGGAGCUUCUUAAUCGGAAUUGUCCUAGCCCUUCAUUUGGGGUGGAGGACGGUGGAAUUUAUAUCUAGUACUUUCAUGGUGUGAUGAGAAAAUAAAGUACUGUAUAGGGCUGCAUGUGACUUUCUAUAUUUUAAUACGUUUGUAUUUAGUAUUUAAGUAUACGGUAUGUAUACAGUGAGCGAAAGAAAAUGAUUUGGGGGUAUAUGUGUUGGGAUAAAUAUUAUAUAUAGAAAUAAGAA